UACCUGUACGAGGGGAUGAAGAUCAGCGAGCUGCCGGUGGAUUUCUCCGUGGUGUGGAACGGAAACUUCAUCAUCGAUAACCCGGAGAAUAUCCAAGUGCACCUGUACAAGUGUGCGGCGCAGAGGGACAGCUGUGGCACCUGUCUGAAGGCGGAGAGGAGGUUCCAGUGUGGGUGGUGCAGUGGGGAGGGGCGCUGCACCCUGAGGCCCCACUGCCCCCCCACCAACCCCUACACCACCCGCUGGCUGCACCUGGACACCAAGAACGUCAAGUGCACCAACCCGCGCAUCUCCGAGGUGACCCCCGUGGCCGGCCCCCCCGAGGGAGGAACUCUCGUCACGAUCCACGGCACCAACCUGGGCCUCGCCUUCUCCGACAUGGUGGGCAACGUGGAGGUGGCGGGGGUCCGCUGCUCCCCCGUGGAGGAGGGCUACAUCAUCGCUGAGCAGAUUGUGUGUGAGAUGGAUGCCGCUCCUGCAGACUUCAGAGCCGGUCCGGUGCAGCUGUGUGUCGGCGAGUGUCGACCAGAACUCAGAGCGCGGUCCGCACAACUCUACUCCUUUGUGACCCCCACAGUGUUAGGUCUGUCCCCCAGCAGAGGGCCUGAGUCUGGGGGAACCAAAGUCACCGUAAUGGGGGACAACCUGGGGGCCGGCAGCAGCGUCAACGUCCAGUUUGGAAACCAGACGUGCGAGUUCUUCGGGCGGACGAUGGCGGAGAUCGUGUGUUACUCCGCCCUCUCGCUGGCGGGCGUGGGUGCGGUGCAGAUCAGUGUGAGCGUGGACCGUGCUCAGAUCAGAGAGAGCCUCACCUUCGAGUACAUCGAGGAUCCCACCGUGCAGCGCAUCGACCCCGACUGGAGCAUCGCCAGUGGACACACUCCUCUGAUGGUGACGGGGACUAAUCUGGACGUAGUUCAGGAGCCGAGGAUCCGAGUCAAAUACGCCGGGAGAGAGUCUGUCAACGUGUGUAAGGUGUUGAACUCCACCUGUAUGAGCUGCUUCGCCCCCUCCCUGAUGGCGGAGUAUAAUCCCACCUUGGACUCAGUGAAGCACGCGGAUGAGUUUGGUUUCAUCUUCAACAACGUGCAGGCGCUGCUGGUCUACAACAACACCAACCUGCUGUACUACCCCAACCCUGUGUUCGAGCCCCUCAGCACCUCGGGGGUCCUGGAGCAGAAACCUGGAUCUCCCAUUAUUCUCAAGGGCAGAAACCUGGUGCCCCCGGCCUCUGGAGGGGUGAAGCUGAACUACACGGUGCUGAUCGGAGAGACCCCCUGCUCCGUCACCGUGUCCGAGAGCCAGCUGCUGUGUGAGCCCCCAAAUCUCACCGGACAGUACAAAAUCAUGGUCCAGGUGGGGGGUCUCCACGUGUCCCCCGGCUCGGUCCACAUCAUGUCCGACAGCCUGCUCACGCUCCCGGCCAUCGUCAGCAUCGCGGCCGGCGGAGGCCUCCUCCUCAUCAUCGUCAUCCUCGUCCUCAUCGCCUACAAGAGGAAGUCCCGGGAAAACGACCUGACGCUGAAGCGCCUGCAGAUGCAGAUGGACAACCUGGAGUCACGAGUCGCCCUGGAGUGCAAAGAAGCCUUCGCCGAGCUGCAGACGGACAUCAACGAGCUGACGAGCGACCUGGACCGGGCCGGGAUCCCCCACCUGGACUACAGGACGUACGCCAUGAGAGUCCUGUUCCCUGGCAUCGAGGACCACCCUGUGCUCAGAGAGCUGGAGGUGUCUGGUAACGGGCAGCAGGGCACGGAGAAAGCUCUGAAGCUGUUCGGGCAGCUCAUCAACAACAAGGUGUUCCUGCUCACCUUCAUCCGGACGCUGGAGAUGCAGCGCUCCUUCUCCAUGAGGGACCGCGGGAACGUGGCCUCGCUCAUCAUGACGGCGCUGCAGAGCCGCCUGGAGUACGCCACCGACGUCCUGAAGCACCUGCUGUCAGACCUGAUUGACCGCAACCUGGAGAGCAAGAACCAUCCCAAGCUGCUGCUGCGGAGAACGGAGUCGGUCGCGGAGAAGAUGCUCACCAACUGGUUUGCCUUCCUCCUGCACAAAUUCCUCAAGGAGUGUGCAGGGGAGCCUCUCUUCAUGUUGUACUGCGCCAUAAAGCAGCAGAUGGAGAAAGGUCCGAUCGACGCCAUCACAGGAGAGGCUCGCUACUCUCUGAGUGAAGACAAGCUGAUCAGACAGCAGAUCGAGUACAAGACACUGAUCCUGAACUGCGUGAACCCGGACAACGAGAACAGUCCGGAGACCCCGGUGAAGGUGCUGAACUGUGACACCAUCACUCAGGUGAAGGAGAAGAUCCUGGACGCCGUGUACAAGAACAUGCCGUACUCCCAGAGACCCAGAGCUGUGGACAUGGACCUGGAGUGGCGGCAGGGGCGAAUGGCUCGUGUUGUGCUGCAGGAUGAAGACAUCACCACCAAGAUAGAGAACGACUGGAAGAGACUCAACGCUCUCAUGCACUACCAGGUGUCAGACCGCUGUGUCGUGGCUCUGGUUCCCAAACAGACGUCCUCCUACAACAUCCCCUCCUCCGCCAGCAUCUCUCGCUCCUCCAUCAGCAGAUACGACUCGUCUUUCCGGUACACGGGGAGUCCGGACAGCCUGCGCUCUCGGGCCCCGAUGAUCACGCCGGACCUGGAGAGCGGGGUGAAGGUCUGGCAUCUGGUGAAGAACCACGAGCACGGAGACCAGAAGGAGGGAGAACGCGGCAGCAAGAUGGUGUCCGAGAUAUAUCUGACCCGGCUGCUAGCCACCAAGGGCACGCUGCAGAAGUUCGUGGACGACCUGUUCGAGACGUUGUUCAGCACCGUGCACCGAGGCUCCUCUCUUCCUCUCGCCAUCAAAUACAUGUUCGACUUCCUGGACGAGCAGGCGGACAAACACGGCAUCCACGACCAGGACGUGCGGCACACGUGGAAAAGCAACUGCCUUCCUCUGCGCUUCUGGGUGAACGUGAUAAAGAACCCUCAGUUUGUGUUCGACAUCCAUAAGAGCAGCAUCACGGACGCCUGUCUGUCGGUCGUCGCUCAGACCUUCAUGGACUCCUGCUCCACGUCGGAGCACCGGCUGGGGAAGGACUCUCCGUCCAACAAGCUGCUCUACGCUAAAGACAUCCCCAACUACAAGAGCUGGGUGGAGAGGUACUACGCUGACAUCAGCCGUCUGCCGGCCAUCAGCGAUCAGGACAUGAACGCCUACCUGGCGGAGCAGGCCAGGCUUCACUCCAACGAGUUCAACAUGCUCAGCGCGCUCAACGAGAUCUACUCCUACAUCAGCAAGUACAGCGAGGAGAUCACGGCGGCGCUGGAGCAGGACGAGCAGGCGAGGAAGCAGAAGUUGGCCUACAAGCUGGAGCAGCUGAUCGCCGCCAUGUCUCAGGAGAGCUGAGGACCCCCAACACACUCCACAUCCACACUCAUAUUAUUUCCUCCUCACACGGAUCCGCUCAGGGCCACAGACUGAGAAACAGAAACCCUGCAGCUGGAGGACCGUCAGCAGAGAACAUGGCCCCUAUUUAUUUUAUUUUUCUCAAAGAAUAUUCCUGUGUGUGUGCGUGUGUGUGUGUGUGUGUGUGCGUGUGUGUCUGUCUGUGUGUGUGUGUCUGUGUGUGGGGAGGACUAGAUGAAUCCUCCAGUGUGAACCGGAGGAGCAGAUCUCGCGUCGCAUCCAGAUUUUUAUUUUUGUACUUGUACAUUUGAAUAUUAUCAGUUGCAGUCCCACCCAGGAGGACCCUGUUGUUGUGCAAAGACAAAGAAGACGACAUCAGGGUCUCCUCUCACUUUUCCUCGGACUAAACCUCCGCUCUUUAUCACGAAUCAUGAAUCCGAUCCGAUCGUGAAACAUGAAGCUCGUCAUCUCAGAGUCUCUGGAGGACUUCAGCCGGCAUGCACCUGAACAGAGGAGAGGACAUAUUUAGGAGAAUCAAUCUGGAGUCCAAGGCUUUCUUUUUUCUUUGGUCAUCUGUGUAUGUACCGGUUACCAAUCAGUGUCUGUGAAUGUACAGAUGUUUUCUUUUCUGUUUGUCUUUACGUCUAUUUGCAAACACAAAGGGGCUCAGUUGAGCUGAGUGAAGUCCAUUCGUCAGACCGCUUCCCAAACAUUAUCCCCAGGUUUAACGCGUUAUCAGGGGAUUAAACUGGUGUUAUUUAUUAGUGGUAAUCAGCCUUUUUAUAUUCAGAUGGGCUAUGAAUGUGUACCAACGUUUCCGCAGACUUUCCAUGGUGCUGUUUCGACUUAAGGAUCUAUUUAGUUGACUUCUGAUGGUCAGGAAACAAUUGUUGUGGUUAUUUCUGUACUACGAAAAUACAGAACAAUUUCCUUUUCUUUGCAAUGUUGUGUAUCCGCCCCACUGAUUGAGAUCCGCUCCAAAAUGUACUAUGUUUUUCCUGAGCCCAUGCCACAAUCUUCCAACAAAUUUCAUUUAAAUCGGGCUGGUAGUGUUUCUCUAAUCCUGCAGAAUGCUGUAAAUAUAACCCAAUCAUCUUUCAUAAAGAGCAAGAAAAACGGGGGAGAUGUAUGGAACAAAAAGACUUCGUUUGACAAGAGCCCUUAUUUACACGCAAACCAUUACCUUUUCCUAAAACUAACAACUACUUGUUUAAAAAGUAGUUAACAAUCUGACGUCACUGGUUGGCGAAACACAGGCAGCACCGACAACAAUACUGUUUUUAAAUAAUCGGUACACAGUUGGAAACAGAGAGGCUAGCUAGCUAACGUCGUCUAAAAGCUGUCUAGUAAUUGAUUCACUUUAAUCAAGUUAAACAAUAUUACAACCAGGUGAUUUAAAUCUUCCUCAGAGUGGGUCGAUCACCUCUUCAGUUGAUUAGUCAUUUUGUAUCGAUCUGUGGGGCUUUAUAGCUCACCAUGCUAACGCGCUACCUUCCUAGUGCUGUAUUUAACGUGAUUAGCAUGUAGCUUUAGCCCACAGGAACGUUUGUUUACACACACCGAUUGCUCCUAUAAGUAGUCUGUGUUUAAAGCAAUUAAAUGAACUAUUUAUAAACAUCUAUGUGGCUGAUUAUCACUCAUUCUGCAGAUUUCAUCACCUGAUAACGUUUAAAAAUCUGUGUCAUUAUCCACACUGAACCACACUUCUCUAGAGCAGAGUGUGUGUGUUCACAUAACCACAGACUGUAUCUCUUUGGGAUCAACUUCCUGUGUAUUUGCAUGCUAUCCAGGGGCCAUCUUUGAUUUGAUCAAGUGCCAACGAGUCCUGCCAGCUCCGGUUGGCCAGCUGAGAUGUUCCUCGCACUGACAAUAAGAUUCAGUUUAAACAAGUGCCAAAAGAUCCCGUCGUUUCAAAUUGUCCUCUAAUGUGUCAUGAUUCGGUUUAUGCUUUACAGAGGGAGCAGAGCUGUCAUGUUGGAGCCGGUUAGAGCUUAUACAGAACUGGAAUACAGUGAGUUUUUUUUUUUUAAAGGUACGAAACAUAAGGUGAUAAAUAUAAAAGUGUUUCAUGCUGCGUCUGCUGACUUAAACCUAAGAGGCUGACCUGCGAGCUGCAUGACAGCAAACUGUAGAUUUCGCCGUCUGGACUCGUUUUCUUCCGGGAUAUAUAUGUGUCUGCUUGUUGUUUACAUCAAGUACUUGAACAAUAGGUAGUAUUAAAGGUUUGCACAGUGUGUGUUGAGAGCAUGACCAACACCAGUAGUGGGUCCAAGGUGCUUCUUCUUUUCUCCGUGGCCUUAGAUACCCACCUGAUCUUAUUAGUCCUCUGAUCCGGCAACUCUGCUGAGAAGCGUCUUAGCGAGAUAAGGUAGAAAAGGUGAAGAGGGUACGGCGGACAUCGCCUCGCUCUGCACUCGGCUCUCCUGAGCUGUUUGAAGAGGAAGUGUUGAGAAAGAGAGAGAAGCCCUUUAGCUCUAGUUUCCUGCUCCGGCUUUGAAGCUGCUCUUUGAUCUGAGGCGGUGUGUGUGUGUGUGUGUGUGUGUG